UACGACACUGGAAUUUCUACCUGGUUUCUGCUUCAUGGAAGGUCUAUCUGCACCACUAGAAUAUGGGCUUCUUGAGGGCACAGGCUCGGUCUCGUUCUUUACUGUCUCUCCAGUGCCCAGGAGAGUGCAUGGUCCUUAGUGAACCUGUGUUGAUGAAGUGGAUAAGAGCAGAGUGGUCUCAAGCGCAAUGCACUGCAUUCGCCUUCAGUCAUUGAAGGUGCUGUGAGGUGCUGGCAGAGACCCUGCCAUUUCAUGUAAAGCAUGUGACGGAAAAGCAGUAUGACACCGUUCCUAUUCAGUCCAGCGUGGUGUUAUGUUCCUGCCCAUCCCCAUCAAUGGUAAGGACCCAGACUGAGUCCGGCACGGCCCCUGUUGUUCCCAGUGGUGGUAGCAGGCAGGGCCCCACCAUGGACAGCACUGCGGCUGAGUCCCGACCAAGUGCUAACUCACUGCAACAUGCCGCACAGCCACCACCACAGCCUCGGAAGAAACGGCCUGAAGACUUCAAAUUUGGAAAAAUUCUUGGUGAAGGCUCUUUUUCAACAGUUGUCCUGGCCCGAGAACUGGCAACCUCAAGGGAAUAUGCUAUUAAAAUUUUAGAGAAACGUCACAUUAUCAAAGAGAACAAGGUCCCGUAUGUAACCAGAGAGAGAGAUGUGAUGUCGCGCCUGGAUCACCCCUUCUUUGUUAAACUUUACUUCACGUUUCAGGAUGAUGAAAAGCUGUAUUUUGGCCUUAGUUAUGCCAAAAACGGAGAACUACUUAAAUACAUUCGCAAAAUUGGUUCAUUCGAUGAGACGUGCACCCGAUUUUACACAGCUGAGAUGGUGUCUGCUCUAGAGUACUUGCACGGCAGGGGCAUCAUUCACAGGGACCUGAAACCAGAAAACAUUUUGUUAAAUGAAGAUAUGCACAUCCAGAUCACAGAUUUUGGAACAGCAAAAGUAUUAUCCCCAGAGAGUAAACAAGCCAGGGCCAACUCAUUUGUAGGAACAGCCCAGUAUGUUUCUCCAGAGCUGCUCACUGAGAAGUCGGCCUGUAAAAGUUCAGACCUUUGGGCUCUUGGAUGUAUAAUAUAUCAACUUGUGGCAGGACUCCCACCAUUCCGAGCUGGAAAUGAAUAUCUUAUAUUUCAGAAGAUCAUUAAGUUGGAGUAUGACUUUCCUGAAAAAUUUUUUCCUAAGGCAAGAGACCUUGUGGAAAAACUUUUGGUUUUAGAUGCCACAAAGCGAUUAGGCUGUGAAGAAAUGGAAGGGUACAGCCCUCUGAAAGCUCAUUCAUUCUUUGAGUCCAUCACAUGGGAAAAUCUGCAUCAUCAGACACCUCCAAAACUCACAGCUUACUUACCAGCCAUGUCAGAAGAUGACGAAGACUGCUAUGGAAACUACGACAAUCUCCUGAGCCAGUUUGGCUGCAUGCAGGUGUCAUCGUCGUCAUCCUCCCACUCCCUGUCUGCCUCGGACUCGGGUCUACCACAGAGGGCAGGCAGCAACAUCGAGCAGUAUAUCCAUGACCUGGACACUAAUUCUUUUGAACUGGACUUACAGUUUUCUGAAGACGAGAAGAGGUUAUUAUUGGAGAAGCAGGCCAGUGGAAACCCUUGGCAUCAGUUUGUAGAAAAUAAUUUAAUACUAAAAAUGGGUCCCGUAGAUAAGCGAAAGGGUUUAUUUGCACGACGACGACAGUUACUACUCACAGAGGGGCCACACUUAUACUAUGUGGAUCCUGUCAACAAAGUCCUGAAAGGUGAAAUUCCAUGGUCACAAGAACUCCGACCAGAGGCCAAGAAUUUUAAAACCUUCUUUGUGCACACACCAAAUAGGACAUAUUACCUGAUGGACCCAAGCGGGAAUGCUCACAAAUGGUGCAAGAAGAUCCAGGAGGUGUGGAGGCACAGAUACCAGAGCCACCCAGACGCCGCCGUGCAGUGACGGCCCGCAGCCCUGCCCUCGCUGCCAGGACACGUGCCCCAGCGCAGCUCACCGCCAUCCGGGACGCUUCCAGACCACCUGCCAGCCAUCUCAAGGGGAGUGCAGACAGUGGAACCUUGCAGCUUUUUCAUUUAAAAGAAAA